UGGUAUCAGAGCACGUUGAUCGCUGGAUGAGAAAUACGCGUGCUAAGAUGGAAGGUCGUAUAACAGAAGUGGAAAGAAACAUGGACGACAUAGCAAGAAACCAAAGAGAAGCGGCGGGAAGGCAGGAUACUUUGGAGACGAUGAUGAUCGCUAUGCAGACCACCCUCGCAGACAUUCAGAAUCGACUUCCAGGUGGUUCGAGAAGUAGAUCACAUGUUUCCUCGACAUCGCAUCGCACUAAUCACCGACAUCGAUCGCGAAAUUCAACGAAGGAUGAUGAAUCCGACGGAAGUUCUGAUCAUUCUUCUCAUUGCAGGCAUCGACAUCACCAAGAACAUAACACACACCAUCGAACGGGAAGGAAGAUCGAUUUACCACUAUUCAAUGGAGAUGACGCAUACGGAUGGUUGGUGAGGAUCGAUAGAUAUUUCCGUCUGAACCAGAUCGAGGAAGAAGAGAAAGUGAACGUAGCAGUGGUCGCCAUGGAAGAUAGAGCACUGAGUUGGUUUCAGUGGUGGGAGAACCAGACGCGCGAGAAAAACUGGGACACUAUGAUGGAAGCCUUAACUCGCAGAUUCCAACCAGAGCUAGUACACAAUCCCUUGGGGCCUUUAUUAGGUUUGAAACAAAAAGGAACUGUGAAAGAAUUCCGUGAACAGUUUGAAAUGGCAAUAGCAUCACAAGGUGAUCUGAGUACGAAGGUAACUAAAGGCAUCUUCUUAAAUGGAUUGAAGAAGGAUAUAAAAGCUGAGUUAAAACUCUAUCAUUCUAGAGACUUGGCUGAAAUCAUGGAUACAGCUUUAUUGAUAGAGAAUAAAAAUAAUGAAGUGAUGGCUAGGAGGAAUAAGGAGGAAGGGAAGAAGUUAUGGAAGAGUAACAUGACUGGAGGACAUGGUUAUAACAAAUGGGGGGAUGGUAGUAGAAAAAACUAUAAUAUGAAUUCCACAAACCCAUCUGUGAAGAACUCAGAUGAUAGCAAGAAGCAAGAGGAAGGCUCAAGCUCUAUAUCUAAGAAGAUAGGCCCCAGAUUAACCCAGAAUGAACUUUUGGAGAGAAGUAAGAAGGGGCUCUGCUUCAAAUGUGGUGACAGAUGGAAUAGAGGCCAUAUUUGCAGUAUGAAAAAUUUUAAAAUGAUGUUGAUGGAACAAUCUGAAGGAGAGGAAGGAUCUGAAACUGCAUCUAGUGACUCAGAAAAAGGAGAAGGGCUGCAUAUGGAACCCAAGACUAUGCAGUUGUCAGUCCUAAGUAAAAUAGGAAGCUCUUCCAUGAAGACUUUCAAGGUCAAGGGAGAAUUGAAAUGGUCAGAAAAUGAAAAACAGGUGAAUAUCUUGAUAGAUAGUGGUGCAACCCACAACUUUAUAUCCCAGCAAUUGGUAGAAAAAUGGAAAAUACCUUUCCAGAGAAUCAAGGGAUAUAAGGUACAAAUAGGGAAUGGAGAAUUGAUUCCCAACUAUGGCAGAUGUGAAGGAAUGAAAUUGAAUGUACAGGGAAAUGAAAUUCAACAGAAUUUCUAUAUGUUGGAGCUAGGUGGGACUGACAUGGUGUUAGGAAUUGAAUGGUUGACUGACCUAGGUGAUAUGGAAGUUAAUUUCCAAAACCAGAUCAUAAAAUGGAAGAAACAAGAGCUGAAUCAUAUUAUUCAAGGAGAUGCAACACUGAAUAAUAUGGAAGUAUCACUGGAGACUAUGAAUCACAUCUCACAGCAAACAGGUAAUGGAUAUUUGUUGUUCUGUGAGGGACAAAGUACUGAUCAGAAGCAGGAACUGAUAGAUGAAGACAGAUGGCAAGAGAUUGUAAAAGAAUGCCCUGAAGUUUUCAAGUCAAUUCUGGAUAAAAUGUCCUGGCAUUUGUGUAAUUCUGCUGUGAACUAUGUAUGGAAGAAGAUGGAAGCAGCAAGGUUAAAAGUCCAACAAUCAAUCCAGUAUUGGAAAGGGAGAGGUGCUAAGAUGAAGGGAAAGAAGAAUUUGGUGGCUGUAUCCUAUCACCCACCUUGAGGGCAAGGUGGAUGUUUAGGAGGGGAGUAUUGACAGGGAUAGACCUAUUAGGAUAUUAAAUAGAAGAGUUAGUGCAGUUAUAUUUCUGUUUGAGCUAAUAAAUACAUUCUGUUAGUUCGGAUACUAUAAAUAGAUGUAAAGUGGGAAUAGUUGGGAGGCUUUUGGACUGUUUGUCUUGGGACUUGGGAAGACUGAGACUAAUAAUCUCUUUCUUUGGGGAGCUUCGGCUUUUGGGGGCUUCGGCCAUAGCUUCGUGUUACUGGUCUUCAUCAAUAAAGCUUUUCUAUAUUGUUCUUGAUAUUCUUUUCUGUAAUUGUCUUGAAUUCCUUGAGGAUUCUAUCAUUGCACAGUGCCAAUUGUGAAUGACAUAUUUAUUUUAAUAGCUUGUGAUCUUAUUGUAUUUAUUUAUAUCUACUAAAGUUGUUCCAAUCGACUUGGAACUAAUUACGUAGAGUUUUGCAGGUUUUCUGUGCAGGAGUACAAGAAAUUUUGCAACCUGCCCAUCAAAGAAGUUGCCAUUGGACUUGCAGAAGGUGGAAAGAUUGGGGCUCUAAACCUUCUCUUCAAGCGUCAUCCUUAUUCUUUGACUUCUUGUAUGUUGGAUGUCUUGUCUGCUAUCCCUGAAACUAUUUCUGUUCAAACAUAUGGACAUCUACUUCCUGGGAAUUCCCCUCCAAAUAUUGCUAUACGGGAAGACGAUUGGGUUGAAUGUAUUGAGAUGUUUACUUUCAUCAGCAAUCUCCCUGAGAAUCACGAGAACAGCAUUCCGAUUAGUACUGAACCAAUUGUCAAGCAAUCCGUGGGGUAUCAUUGGCCUUCACUUACUGAUCUCUAUUCAUGGUAUAAAAAUAGAGCCAGAGAUAUCGAUACCUUAAGUGGGCAGCUAGACAACUGCAUCUCUUUAAUUGAUAUUGCUAUUCGGAAAGGCAUUAUUCAUCUAAAGCCAUUUUUAGAAGAAAUCUCCUACUUAAAAGAACUUAUAUAUAGUGACGAAGGUGACAACACAAUGAAUUCUUCUUUGAGUCUUUCGACUUGGGAGAUUUUGUCUGAUUAUGAAAGGUUUAAGUUGAUGCUAAGUGGGGUCAAUGAGGAAAUUGUUAUUAGGAGAUUACAUAAUAAAGCGAUCCCAUUCAUGAAGAAGAGACUUCACUCUAUGAAUGUAAUUCCUGACUCAGCUGAGGAGCAACCCUCCUCUUUAUUGAACUCGGCUGAGUCAUUUCUGGUCAGAUGGCUGAAAGAGAUUGCUUCACAGAAUAAAUUGGAGGUGUGCUUAAUUGUAAUUGAAGAGGGAUGCAAGGAUGUUCAUAAUAAUUGUUUUUUCAUAGAUGAAGCUGAAGCUGUAGAUUGUGCUCUGCAAUGCAUAUACCGGUGCUCCGUUACAGAUAGAUGGAGUACUAUGGCUUCCAUCUUGUCAAAACUUCCAAACAUAGGAGGUAAAAUCCCAUCAUAUUGAAUGCUUGUAUAAUUUCCCGAAUUUGAAAUGCCCAUUGGUCUUUUCUAAUUUUAUGACUUCUGUUGAACACUUUUCUGUGUAUGAAAAAAAUUUAUCGGCUGAUAGUAUAUACAAUGCUCAUUUUUCAAAGAAAGCGUCAGUUGCAAAAAGUUUUGCCGUUUUUCCACACCCUCUGAUUUUGAGAGGUGUGUGUCACUCUUUAGAUACACUUUUUUCAGAGCAUGAAAAGAUCUGAUAAUCUGAUCAUCUGCACAUUGUUGUUUUUUUAAUAAAGGCACCACAACGAUACUCCAAAAAUUCAUUUUCCCAAUACAUAAGCAGUUGCCUCCUCCUCUUUCUCUUAGUCAUGAUCUGCUGCAUCUUCCAGUUGUUCAUCUUCAGGUGCCCCACGGAGAUUUUGAGUGGUGGUGGUGGGGGGGGGGACUAGGCUAAAUGUAAUAUAUUUUUUAAAUAUAUGUUGAUACUCAUUUUAUUCAUUUACUGCUUAUAUUAAUAACUCAUUUGCAUUUGCAUUCCCUAAGGUAAAAGAAAACACAAAACUACUUUGGCAUUUACCCCUCCCUCAGCAUGUUCCAUGAUCCAAACAUACCUUUCAGUGUUGAGUAAAUAUGGAAUAGUUUGUCUGGCCGACAUUAAAUGCAUUGUUAAAUCUCCCUGCAGUUUCCAUAGUGGAUCUUGACAUAUUUAUUCGAAUUAAUAAAUGAAUGAUUUAGCAGAGUUUGACGAUGCACGUCUCAAGGAAAGACUUAAACUCUCAGAAGGUCAUGUUGAAGCGGGAAGGCUUUUAGUAUAUUAUCAGGUUCCAAAGCCUAUUAGCUUUUUCCUUGAACCUGAUUCAGAUGGAAAGGGAAUAAAGCAGAUUCUCCGUCUUAUACUAUCCAAAUUUAUUCGUCGACAACCGGCGCAAACAGAUAAUGAUUGGGCAAACAUGUGGCGCGACUUACUAUAUUUGCAAGAGAAGGCAUUUCCCUUCAUAGACCUGGAAUAUGUCUUGAUGGAAUUUUGCAGGGGGUUGUUGAAAGCUGGAAAAUUUUCACUUGCCAGGAGCUAUUUCAGGGGUGCUGGUUCUGUAUCGCUUGCAUCUGAUAAAGCAGAGAAUCUUGUCAUUCAAGCUGCACGUGAGUAUUUCUUUUCAGCAUCAAGCCUUGCAUGUUCUGAGAUCUGGAAGGCCAAGGAAUGUCUCAACAUUCUGCCAAACAACAGAAGUGUGAUUGCUGAGGCUGAUAUCAUUAAUGCUGUAACUGUUAAGCUUCCAAACCUUGGAGUGAGCCUUUUACCAAUGCAAUUCAAGCAAAUCAAAGAUCCAAUGGAAAUCAUCAAGCUCGCAAUUACAAGUCAAAGCGGAGCGUAUUUGAAUGUUGAUGAAAUCAUAGAAAUAGCCAAGCUUCUUGGUCUGAGUGCUCAAGAUGACAUAUCAGCUGUACAAGAAGCCAUUGCAAGAGAAGCUGCAGUUGUUGGGGAUCUUCAACUGGCUUUUGAACUUUGUCUUAUUUUGGCCAAAAAGGGGCAUGGAUCUGUUUGGGAUUUAUGUGUGGCACUGGCAAGAGGCCCCCCUCUAGAUAACAUGGACAUAAGCUCUCGAAAACAACUGUUCAGGUUUGCUUUGAGUCACUGUGAUGGAGAAUCAAUUGGAGAGUUACUGCAUGGAUGGAAAGAUCUUGAUAUGCAAAUGCAGUGUGAAUAUUUAAUGAUAAAAACAGGAAAAGAACCUCGACCCAUAUUCAUUCAGGAUUCUCUUGAUCAGGAAGCACAACUUAACCUCAUAAAGGGCUUGCUUUCUCAAGUCGCAAAAGAUUUACACUUAAGUGGUGAUGUUGUUUCUGAAUCAAUUCUUAGAGACAAUGGGAGAAUACUGCCAUUUGCUGCUAUGAAGCUUCCUUGGUUGAUUGAACUAACUCAAGAAGCUAGGAAUGGUAAGAAACGUAGCAGUGUAAGAACACUAGCAAUCGUUGCUAUUUUGUCAUGGUUGGCAUGUAAUGGUUUUGCUCCGAAGGAUGACGUGAUUGCAUCGCUGGCAAAGUCAAUUAUGGAAUCACCUGUAUCUGAAGAGGAGGACAUCGCUGGGUGUUCUUAUUUGUUAAAUCUUGUCGAUGCAUAUUAUGGAGUGGGAAUAAUUGAAGAAAAUUUGAGAACUAGGGAGAACUAUAGUGAAAAAACUAGCAUUAUGAAUACUGGGAUGAUUUAUGGUCUACUAAACAGCAGUGGAGCCAAGUCUGAAGAACCUGCUCACCGGAGAGAGCUAAUUAUAAGGAGUUUUCAACAGAAUAAGUCAAUCACUUCAGAUGAGAGGGAUAGAAUAGACAAAGCCCAAUCCACAUUCUGGAAGGAGUGGAAAGUUAAACUGGAAGAGCAGAAGCGUUUGGCUGACCAUUCAAGGGUUUUGGAACAAAUCAUUCCUGGUGUUGAAGUGAAACGCUUUUUGUCUGGAGACACGGACUACAUUGAAAGCACCAUGCUAUCACUAAUUGAUUCUGUAAAACUGGAGAAGAGACAUAUAUUCAAGGAUGUAUCAAAUUUGGCACACACCUAUGGUUUAGAUCGGUGCAAGCUGAUCCUGCAAUACUUGAAGUCCAUAUUCAUUUCUGAGGCUUGGAAUGUUCAUGAUCUAAUAUCUGAAGUGUCAGAGUUUAAAGGAGAGCUUCAUGGCUUCGCCAGGGAAACUAUUAAAUGUUUCUCUUUGUUCAUCUACCCUUCACUUAAUGGCCAUGACAAGGGUCGGCUUUCUUUCAUGUAUGACAUACUCUCUGAUUGCUGCUCAAUGCUCUCAGAACAAAAUGAAACAAUACCUAUCAUGGAUCAAGAUUCUGUGUAUAGAAGAACUUCGACUUGGUUUGUCCGCUUUUACAAAGUUUCUGCAGAAGAAUGUAACACAGUGUCAUCUAUUGUAAGUUUGAAUUUUAAAAACAUUGCUGGAUUGCAAGGUUUGAAUUUGGAAAGCUUCAAUGCGGAAGUCUGUUCACACAUAAAUGAAGCCUAUGUUGAUCUUCUGGCCAAGAUGGUCAAGAGACUUGUUGAGGCUUGUGAAGAUCCAGUGCCCGAUGGCAUCCUGUCAUGGCAGGACGUCUAUGGACACCAUAUACUGGAUUUGGUAACUGCUUUGGAGACCAAGGAAAAGUCAGAAACUGCACAUCUUGAAAACCCUGAAGUCUUCCAUAGCUUUCUAACUCAGAUCGAGCAAACCUAUGAUGUUGGUAGAAAGUAUCUAAAGUUCAUCUCCACCCCUUUAGUCAUUGAGAUAACUAAACGGUUCUUGACUGUGGUAGUGCCUUCAGUAAAAACUUUUAACCCUGGUUGGAAGGAAAGCCUCGUCUUGUUUGUGGAUAUCUGGCUCAGAAUUCUGAAUGAUCUACGGGAGAUAGUUGCAUUUCCUGCCAAUUCAUCAGAGAAGGUUGAAUCGGAAAUUUCAGUUAUAUGCCUUAGAACUUUACAGAACCUCAUUGUCAGAGAAAAAAUAUCACCAACCCAGGGUUGGGCUACUGUUUUGUGCCUUCUUACUAGCUUUGGUUAUGGUGCAUUAGAAGCUUCUGUGGAGAUCUAUAAUUUCUUCAGGGCAAUGAUAAUUACCGGCUGCAUGUUCGAAGCCAUUUCUGAGGUAUUUUCUGAGGCAACAAUAUGUGAAAGAACACACGAUCUUCAGCAUCUUUAUCUAAUCAUCUUGAAUCCCAUUAUGCAAGAUCUGUCAAGUCAAUCCCCCGAGGAGUAUUAUCACCUACAUCACUUUUUGGCAUCUUUGAGUAGAUUAGAAGGUGAUAUAGAGACCCUACAGAGCAUAAGGAGGGCAGUGUGGGAAAGAAUGGCUGAAUUUUCAGACAACUUAGAGAUUCCUAGCCAUGUUCGAGUUCACAUAUUGGAAAUCAUGCAAUUCAUUUCAGCUUCUUCCUCUUCUAACAGUAGUAGGCAUAAUGAUAGUAGUUAUAAUAAUGGUAAUAUGAAAAAAGGGUUUUCUUCUGGGAUUCAUACUACCAACCUUCUUCCUUGGGAAGGUUGGGUGAAUCUGCAAACUGAAAAUAGCGAGACAAAUGAUGAGAUUCCAAACACUUUGGCUGCACUCAAGUCUACACAUCUUGGGCGUGCCAUCUUACCUACCCUCGAGAUCACACCGGAAGAUCUUCUGACUGUUGAAACAGCUGUUUCCUGUUUCCUCAAAAUAUCUUCAUAUGCAGUAUCGGAAUCUCAUGUUAACACUUUGCUUGCUAUUUUGAGAGAGUGGGAGGGUCUCUUUGCUACUGGAAGGACAGACUUGGUCAUUGCAUCUGACAGUGGGAAUAAUUGGGGAAAUGAUGAGUGGGAUGAUGAGGGAUGGGAAAGCUUUCAUCAAGAAGAUAAAGUUGAGUUGGGAACGGAGAAAGAUGAAAACUUUUCUAUCCAUCCGCUCCAUGUGUGCUGGAUGGAGAUCUUUAAGAAACUACUAGCGAUGGCUCGAUUCAAAGAUUUGUUGAAAUUGGUUGACCGGUCCAAUGGAAAAAGUAACCAAACAUUGCUUGAUAAGGAAGGUGCUUAUAGUUUAAGCCAGACUGCACUUGAGAUAGACUGCUUCUUAUCACUCAAACUGAUGCUUCUGUUUCCAUACAAGGAAAUUCACUUUCAGUGCUUAGAUGCAGUUGAGAAAAAGUUGAAAAAUGAAGGCAUUUCGGAUGACAUCAGCUGGGACCAUGAUUUUAUGAUUUUAGUUUUAUCAUCUGAAGUCGUUUCAACUGUUAUGUCCAAUUCUUCGUACGGCACAGUUUUCUCAUACCUCUGCUAUUUGGUUGGAAGCCUCUCACGGAAGUCCCGUGAAUCUUGGGAACUUGAAGCUGAUGAUGUGAAUGAAAUGUUUGUAUUUACAAAAGUUGUGUUCCCGUGUUUCAUAUCAGAGCUCAUAAAUGCAGAGCAGCAGAUCCUGGCGGGACUUCUGGUCACUAAAUUCAUGCAUGUGAAUGCUUCUGUGAGUCUAGUUAACAUUGCAGAGGCUGGCCUUAGGAAGUAUUUGGAAACAGAGAUCAAUGUUCCUUUGGGUAUUGAGUUGUCUCGGGAUAAUCGGGAUGGUUCUGAGUUGUUAGCUAACUCCCUCUCCAAUUUAAGGGGUAAACUGGGAAAUUUGAUGCGGUCUGCAUUGUCUUUGCUUUCUGUUGAUGCCCAAGGAUAAACCUUGAGAUUUUAUUUUGGGGAGGAGUGGGGUGCACAGCCGAAAGGGAUAUAAACCUUGAGAUUGUUCAUUGAUGUUUUGUUCUUGAGUUUUUAUUUCAAUGGAGGAAUGAAAAAGAUAUAUGUUUUCAUAUCUGCUACCGUCAACUACCAAUUUGUUUAGUCCAUAGAAAGGUUCAGCUCACGAUAUCCAUCCUAUACGAAGUGACCUAGCUUAGGGAGUUAGGGGUCAUUCUGGGUCUGAACACCACCAGUUUGGUAAUUUUUUUAUAUUUAAUGUAAAAGGUUUCGUGUAAAAAGUUAUAUGAGAGAUUGUUUAUCAGUCCAUUACAAUAUUUUAUCCUGCUUACACUAUGCACAUAGGUAAUAUUAUUGGCUAAAGAGUGCUCAUCGCAUGGUUUUAUGAUUAA